AUGGCGGAAGCCGUGGAGCGCACGGACGAGCUGGUCCGCGAGUACCUGCUCUUCCGCGGUUUCACGUACACACUGCGGCAGCUGGAAGCCGAGAUCAAGGCGGACAAGGAGAAGGGGUUCCGGGUGGACAAGAUUGUGGAUCAGCUGCAGCAGUUAAUGCAGGUGUACGACCUGGCCGCCCUGCGGGAUUAUUGGAGCUACCUGGAGCGUCGACUCUUCAGCCGCUUGGAGGAUAUAUAUAGACCCACCAUCAACAAGCUGAAAACCAGCCUGUUCCGCUUUUAUCUCGUGUACACGAUUCAGACAAACAGAAAUGACAAGGCUCAGGAGUUCUUUGCAAAGCAGGCCACGGAGCUCCAGAACCAGGCCGAGUGGAAGGAUUGGUUUGUCCUGCCCUUCCUGCCAUCUCCAGACACCAACCCCACCUUUGCUACCUACUUUUCUCGACAGUGGGCUGACACCUUCAUUGUGUCCCUGCACAAUUUCCUGAGUGUCCUGUUUCAGUGCAUGCCAGUUCCCGUGAUCCUGAACUUUGAUGCGGAGUGCCAGAAGACCAACCAGGUUCAAGAAGAAAAUGAAGUUCUGCGUCAGAAGCUUUUCGCAUUGCAAGCUGAAAUCCACCGACUAAAGAAAGAAGAGCAACAGCCAGAAGAGGAAGAGACCUUGGUCCAACACAAGUUGCCUCCUUACGUCUCCAACAUGGACCGCCUGGGGGACUCGGAACUAGCCAUGGUGUGCAGCCAGAGGAACACUUCCCUCUCCCAGUCUCCUCGUGUGGGCUUCCUGUCCUCGCUGCUGCCUCAGAGUAAGAAGAGCCCCUCAAGGUUGUCACCUGCCCAGGGCCCGCCUCAGGCUCAGAGCUCGGCCAAGAAAGAGUCCAUCAGCAGUCAGACUGCUAAGGCAAAGGACCCAGCAUGCGGACCCAAGGACGGGAAGAGCCUCUUCAGCGGGCUGGCCACUGGGGAGUCCAGCUGGUCACAGCACCGUCAGCGGCGCCUGCAGGAUCACGGCAAGGAAAGGAAGGAGCUUUUGUCUCUGACUUUGCAGGCACAGUGUACAGAGAAGAAGCCUGAAGCUUGUGGCCCGGAGCCAGAGCCCUGCCCAGAGCCCCACACGGAGGUGCUGGAUACGGUGACGCGCGCUUCCUCAGCUGGCUCUGAGGGCGGAGGGGUCCGCCCGGAGCAGCCAUUCAUUGUGCUGGGGCAGGAGGAGUACGGGGAGCACCACUCCUCCAUCAUGCACUGCAGAGUGGAUUGCUCGGGGAGGAGGGUUGCCAGCUUAGACGUAGACGGGGUCAUCAAAGUGUGGUCCUUCAACCCCAUCAUGCAGACCAAAGCGUCCUCCAUUUCCAAGUCGCCACUGCUGUCUUUAGAGUGGGCCACCAAGCGGGACCGGCUGCUCUUGCUGGGCAGUGGUGUGGGGACAGUGCGCCUUUAUGAUACAGAAGCCAAGAAGAAUCUCGGUGAAAUCAACAUCAACGAUGACAUGCCCAGAAUCCUGUCUCUCGCCUGCAGCCCCAAUGGGGCCUCUUUCGUCUGUUCGGCUGCAGCUCCGAAUCUCACUUCCCAGGUGGACUUCUCGGCACUGGACAUCGGCAGGAAGGGCACUAACCAGGUUCCCGGCAAGCUGCUGCUGUGGGACACGAAAACCAUGAAGCAGCAGCUUCAGUUCUCCCUGGAUCCGGGGCCCAUUGCUAUCAACUGCACAGCCUUCAAUCACAAUGGGAACCUGCUGGUCACAGGGGCGGCCGAUGGCGUCAUCCGGCUGUUUGAUAUGCAGCAGCACGAGUGCGCCAUGAGUUGGAAGGCCCACUGCGGGGAGGUCUGCUCCGUGGAGUUCAGCUAUGAUGAGAAUGCCGUGUACAGCAUUGGCGAGGACGGGAAGUUCAUCCAGUGGAACAUCCACAAGAGUGGCCUGAAGGUGUCCGAGUUCGGACUCCCCGCGGACGCCACGGGUCCCUUUGUGCUGUCCGGUUACAGUGGCUACAAGCAGGUUCAAGUUCCCCGGGGCCGGCUCUUCGCUUUUGACUCUGAGGGAAAUUACAUGCUGACAUGUUCUGCCACCGGGGGCGUCAUCUACAAGCUGGGCAGGGAUGAGAAGGUUCUGGAAAGCUGCUUGAGCCUGGGUGGCCACCGAGCCCCUGUGGUCACUGUGGACUGGAGCACUGCGAUGGACUGCGGGACCUGCCUCACUGCCUCCAUGGAUGGCAAAAUCAAGCUGACCACCCUCCUGGCCCAUAAAGUCUGAUGGGACCUGCCCCAAAAAUGUGUGUGCAGUGGGCUCUCUCCCUUCGCCCUGUGACCCCCGACGGUCAGCUGUGAGCCCAGGACCCCCACCCCAGCUCUUCCCUCACCGGCUGUGGGGCUGAGCCAUAUGGGAUGUUUGCUCGUUGCUGCUUUGCUGUAGGAGGAUGUCCUCUCUCCCGUUCCACUGGCUAACUAAGGAUUCGCUGUGGAGCUGCUCCCUGCUGAGUCCCCAUUCUCCCUCUCAACACAGUCUCCGCAGCUUGCUGCAACAUCCGUGAGGAGCGUGGAGAAACAAAGGACACUUAGGCUGCCUCUUCUCGCAUUUCCUUUCUGCUCUGGGCAGGACACCCACCUCCCUCUUGCUUUGAGCUUGGCCCCUGGCUGGAUGCGAUGGAGGCCCCACCAGGAGGGAUGGUGGGAGGAGAGCUCCAUAACACUGCCUAAAACCACAAAACCAAACCACAACGUUGCUCGUUGCUCGACAGCAAAACCUGACCUUUUGAAAUGAGUAAAUACAGUAUUAUGUGCUGUGGGCAACCCUGCCCCCUCUGGCCUGUUUCUCCCCAACUUUCACUCCAUCUGAGUGCUUGUUAGCCUGAGUGCCCUCAUCCUCGUGGUCCUCCCUGUCCCAUCCACUCCCCACAGGAUGAGCUCAUAGCCUCUAAUAAAGCAUGUCAGAGCUUAGACUUACCUCCCCUUCACAAUACCUGCUCAGCGUCUACCCAAGACCCCAGCAAGGCUCUUCCAUUGUCUUGGGCAAAGGCAGGUAGAAGAGACCAUCAAGCUAGUCCAGCCUCAGGUGCCCGAGUCUGGCUCUGGCGAGAGCCUAGUGGUGCAUUUCCCUUGCUGCCCUGGGACCUGUCUGGAGUUGACUCCAAUGCAUCCAAAUCCCAUGGCUCAGGUGUCUCCCUGCCUGGGCUUCUCACCUUUCAAACAAAGCUUUUUGUGCAGACACACAGGUUUCCUCCUCAGACCUCAUUUUCAGCUGACUGUGGGGAGGGGUUAGUCAAGGAGACAAAUAUGGAAGGAGUGGUUCUACUGACUGCAAAACAAGACAAGGCAUCUCCUCCACCAAUUAGAAUUGGGGUUGUCCUGGUUCACCACUUGUGAGAGCAGAAGAUCCGAGAGGUCAGUGGCUCUAGCCCCUUCGUGGAAACAGGAAAGCAGUCCUUGCCUGUGUAGGUUGCUCUCCAGAGGCUGGAGGCAGAGCUUGGGUUUAAACCAAUGCUUAGCAGGUUGCUCUUGUGACUUGAUCUCCUUAAGCCUUGAUUGAUUUAAACUUUCCCAGGAUUGAAAUGAAUAUUCAGGCAGAGGGGAGAGUGCUUUGGAGAAACCAAAAGCACCACACAGGUGGAGGGGAGAGCUGGCUCCAAGCUCCCCUAUCGUGAAUCUCUAGUAUACAGAGAGUAUUAUUCUAAUAUUAGCUGAUUUGCUGUAAAUCACGUUUCAAAAGGCUGUCUUGGUAAUUUUGCAUUUGGGGGGCAGGCUGUCAGUUGAUCAUCCUUUGGCCCCAAAAUACAGUUGGAGAAGGUUCACCUGUGGCUGCCCGUGCUUGCGUUUUCGGUCUACCACCUGGGGGUUUCUUUGCCGGCCUCUUUUAGGCUGCUUUAAGCUGUGCGUGUGAUUUUAAUUAAAGGUAGAUGCUAACUCCACGUGCAGUGUGCGCUGCUCAGCAUUAGGCUGAAAGUAAACCAGCGAGGACACGUGGGCAGCUUUGUGGCGCCGCCCUGUCUGCGGAGUGAACACCUUGACCGCCAAUUUGAAUAGGAAAUAUUAGUAAUACCUUCUUUAUUUUAAGAUAACGUAAACAGUGGCUUUCAUUUCUCUUCCUGCACUCUAGGGACUUACCUUAUGCCCCUCCCUCCCCCUAAUUUCUGAUUCAGGGGGCUUGGGAGUCCACAGUUUAACAAAGACCAAUCAGCAAAACUCAAAUGGAACCACAUUUGGGGACCAUUAAAAACAUACUCUGUUAAAUAAAAACUUUUCAUAACACUUGU